UAUCACCAUUAGAUCUGAAGGGUUAGACACACGUCACUUAAUUUGGGCUAAUCAAAAGUGUUGAUUCAACAUUUGGAUACUGCUAAAAAAAUAAAUAAAUAAAAUAAAACAAUUGUCACACAGAAAAACUUUCUUUAUCUCUUUCAUUGGCGUCUGUUUUCCAUUCAUAUCAUAGUUUUACCUCUCGGUCGCUCACUCUCCUUCUGUCUCUACACUGUUUUUCACCGCCAUUACCACUUCUGUCUGUAUCUCUCUCAUAGAGAAAGAGAGAGAGUAGUAGAGGAGUAGAUGGUGCACUAAACACCUUAUGAUACGCACGCCACUGGCUACUCUCUCUCUAUCUCUCUCUCUCUCUCUCCCUCUCUCUCUCACUCACACUUUCUUACACUUCCUAUUAGAUCCUAAUCUCCCAACAAUCAGUUUCCUCUUUCUGCCCAUGUAACGCGAAUUCGUUGGUGAUUCCUCGAACAAUCUCUGGUUUCUCUCCGGAUUUUCAGUUUUUAUGGUUUUUCAUUGGAUUGGAUUUAGGAAUUAAUGGGGAAAAAGGUUAAGAAGAAGGCCCGAAGUGGUCAUAAGGAGAAGCGGGUUGUGGCCCCUUCUCUGAAAACUGAUUCCCGACAAAGCAUUCCAACAAGUAUUGAGACUGUUGAUGAUGGAGUUUCAAUUGUGAAAGAGAGGAAAGUGUGUCCUCAUCUUGAUAAGGGUGUUGAUUUAGUUAAAGUUUCUUCAAAAAUUGGGUCUUCAGAACCUAUUCGAUGUCAAGAUUGCAGGGAAAGUGUCGUUGGUAGGCGGGCAAAUAAGGGGAUGAAUAAACAUGGGAAGAAGAAAGGAGGUGGUUCUGGGGAUCCAAGACCAGAGUCUAAAGCCAUUUGGGUUUGUUUGCAUUGUGGACAUUUUUCGUGUGGAGGGAUUGGACUCCCAACUACCUCUCAAAGCCAUGCAGUUCAGCAUGCCAGGAAAACCCGCCAUCCGUUGGCUGUUCAAUUUGAGAACCCUCAUCUUCAAUGGUGCUUCCCGUGCAAUACACUAAUUCCAGUUGAAAAAUCAGAAGAGAAUGGUGAACAGAGAGAUAUGUCACUAGAUAUUGUGAAAAUGAUAAAGGGGCGAUCAUCUGAAGGAGCCUCAGUGGAUGUUGAGGAUGUUUGGCUUGGGAGUGGCAAAGUUACAAGUGAAAUAAAUUCAGAAAACACUGUGUCUAGUAGUUUAGAUGGAGGAGGUGGUUAUGUGGUAAGAGGCUUGGUUAAUUUGGGAAACACUUGUUUCUUCAACUCAAUCACGCAGAACCUUUUGGCAAUGGAUAGAUUGCGAGAUUACCUCUUGAAACUAGAUAGGUCUGUUGGGCCUCUUACUGUUUCUUUGCAGAAGCUUUAUAAUGAAACUAACCCGGUGGCAGGUUUUAAAAAUGUGAUAAAUCCAAGAUCCUUUUUUGGGUGUGUUUGUGCCAAGGCUCCCCAAUUUCGGGGAUAUCAGCAGCAUGACAGUCAUGAGUUGCUCCGUUGCUUACUUGAUGGGUUAUGUACAGAAGAGUCAUGUUCAAGAAAAGAAGUGGGUUCUUCUCAGGACGAUGAGAUUUCUCCAAAUGUGAGUCCUACUUUUGUAGAUGCUAUCUUUGGGGGCAAGCUCUCCAGUACUGUUUGUUGUUUGGAAUGUGGACACUCCUCAACAGUGUAUGAGCCAUUUCUUGAUCUCUCACUCCCAGUUCCAACAAAGAAACCUCCACCUAAAAAGGCCCAACCAAUCUCCCGAGGCAAGAAAUCAAAAUUGCCUCCAAAGAGAAGUGGCAGGAUUCGUGCAAAAGGUAACAGAGGCAUAGAUCCUGUAGCAUAUCAAAAUGUUUCAGAUCCACCAACCAGUGACAGGUCAGGUGGAGUACAAUCUAGUGUGCCUGUUGCAGAAAAUAUAGUGGAUGUUUCAGGUGAAUGUAGGUCAUCAGAAUCGAUUAGCCCAAAUAAUGUGGCCAGUGACAAGGUUAAUGUGGCCAGCGACCGUGAUAUGAGUUCACAAACCAAUGAUCUAUCAUUUAUUCAAGAUUCUAUAAACAAGGAUGCUAUACAUAAUGAUGUCAUAUCGCAUGAUAACUUGGAAUCUUGUAAUGAGAUUUGUCCACUUCAUAUGGAGGAAACUGCUUCUUCUCUUGGUGAUUUCUCAUGGUUGGAUUACGUUGAACCAGGUCCAUUAUCAGACAAUCAUCAUAUGGCUUCACAAAUUAAUGAUAAUUCGGUGACUCAAAAUUCUGGAAACAAGGAUGCUGAUCAGAAUGACUUGGACUCAAGUAGUCAGGUUUGCCCAUUUUAUAUUGAGUCAAAUCAGAGAGUGGAUUUGGCGGGUAAUUCUUGGGAAGAUGAGCUCCCAUUACAGUGUGAAGAUUCUGCAGUCAUUUUGCUUCCAUACAAAGAAGAUACUUGUGCUCCUGAUGAGAUAUUAAGAGGAGAAGGUGAAGUCUCCUCCUCGACAGUUGCUUAUGAACAAGAUUCAUUGGACUUUGAUGGUUUUGGAGACUUGUUUAAUGAGCCUGAAACAGCUGGAGCCCCUAACGUGAAACCCUUCUCAAGCGAUAAGAAUUUUCAGGCAAAUGAAGUUGCAGGUACUGGUUCCAUAGUUGGAAAUAGUGACUCUGACCCAGAUGUAGUUGAUAGUGAUUCUCCAGUGUCCAUAGAUAGUUGUUUGGCUUAUUUCACAAAACCAGAGCUUCUCUCCAAUGAACAUGGUUGGCAUUGUGAGAAUUGUUCAAAAGCUUUGCGAAAGCAAAUGAUGAAAUCGAGGAAGAGACAGGAGAAACCAACAUCAAAGAUUGGGAUAAAUGGAGGUGAGAAUAAAAUUCAAAAUGCUCUAUUAGGUUUAGGCAAUGACCAUCCUUUUCUUAAUGAGGUCAGAAACCGUGGUAAUGGAAAUAUCAAAGGGGAAGCACUUAGUACUUCUGAUAAAGGCUUAGCAUCUCGUAAUGGGAAAGUAGAUGGUAAUGACAACUGCAUAAUUGAGACCACCCAGAAAGCUGAGCUGAACCCAGUAGCUUGCCAUUUGGAAAAGGGGAAAGGUGUGAUGAACGAUGCACUUCCAGGGCUAUCAGAGUCUUCAAGCAGCUAUAAACCUUGCAGUCAAGCAAGUUCCAGUGGUCAACCCAGUGAUUCUUCCAGUGUUCAAGAGCCUAGUUGUGCUGGAUGUGACACUGAUAAAGUUGAACACGGGGAAUCCCAGCUGUCAGCUGAAAGAUGUGCAUCAGAAGGAAGCGAUGAUGAGGAGACGGAUACAGAUAAUGUGAAAGUAAAGAGAGAUGCAACUAAAAGAAUUCUCAUUUAUAGGUCUCCAAUUAUUUUGACCAUUCAUCUGAAGAGGUUCAGCCAAGAUGCCCGUGGUCGCUUGAGUAAGUUGAAUGGCCAUGUGAACUUCGAAGAUACAAUUGAUCUCAGCUUGUACAUGGAUCCAAGGUGCACAGAGAGAGAGAUGUACAAAUACCGUCUGGUUGGGGUGGUGGAGCACCUGGGGACCAUGAGGGGAGGCCACUAUGUUGCAUACGUGAGAGGAGGCACAAAAGGCAUUGGGAAGGCUGAGAAAGAAAAUGGAGAUUUUGUUUGGUACUACGCCAGUGAUGCUUAUGUGCGAGUAGCUUCUUUGGAAGAAGUUCUUCGCUGUGAGGCUUACAUCUUAUUCUAUGAAAAGAUUUGAUAAAGAGUUCUUUGCAUUCUUUAAUAUGUUUCUCAUAGGGCUUGGGCCCUUCGGGGAUUAAAGCAAUCCCUACAGGGGAGAGAGAGAGAGAGAGAGUUUUACUUUGCAUUCUUUAAUAUGUUUCUCAUAGGGCUUGGGCCCUUCGGGGAUUAAAGCAAUCCUCACAGGGGGAGAGGAAGAGAGAGAGAGUACAACAACUGUGAAAUAUUUUAUACCAUUUUUUUUUAUGUGCAAUGGGCUGUAAGAUGUACAAUUUGAGAAAAAAUUAUGGGGUUUUGUCGCGAUCAUUUGCAGAAUUGUCUCUGCAACUACUUAGUGAAACCAGUGCUUAUAAAUUAGCAAGCUCACUCCCUUCUCACUUCAUGAAGCAAUGUUAUCACUUCCAAAUGAUCGCAAAUAUAAAUCUGGAUGAAGGGCAGGGCAAUUAUAAAUCUUUAUUGUGCAAUGGCAUCAGUAUAACCUGAGCUGGCAAAUAGAAGUGGCAAACUGAUCUUCAUCAGCACCAUUUUUAUCCAGUGAUUCAGCUGGUGGAAGCUGCUAGGUAAUAAACUAGGUGCAAUCUGGAGGCUCAAAACUUCAGGUUGAGUUACAAGUUUGGUUUUUGUUCCAAUAUACUCAUUGUUUUGAUGUACUACAAUGAUCUGCUCAGUUCCAGAAGUAACAAGCUGCUAAGAUGCCACAGUUUCCACUGGGAACCAAAACACACCAGAUGGAAUGCUUAGAGCGCAAUGCUUACAACCGUGCCCGGCCACCAGCGUAAGUGAACAGGACACUUCAAUGUCUAUUUGGAGUCUUUAAACAAAAAAAUCUCAAAUGCACGUCUUGGGAAGAUUUACUAAGAAAUUAUUCAGUGAUUCUUCACACAUUGUUCUAAGGGAUGCUAUUUGUCCUUCCAAAGUUUUCACCAUACUCUUGGCAUCUGUACUAGUGCUCCGGCCAUUUGCUCAUGGUACUUUGUUUUUUACAUUGAUGCUCCUGAGAUCUCUGUUGUAUCAGCCUUGUUCUCUCUAUGAUGCUCUAUAGUUCUGGUCCUCAAUGUUGAGAUGCUCAGUUUGUUUAUGUUUAAGUGUAACAUAUUACCCUGCUCAGUUUGUUUAUGAUACUUGGAGCGUUUUUCUCAAUAGAGUAAUCCUUCUACUUAA